CACUUGUUUCCCUGAUCUGUACCCUUAGUAUUUCUUAAUUAUCGCCGUUUUUCUGUUUACCGAUUAAAAUGUCAAUUUGUUUUUCUUUCAAUUAUUUCUUAUUGUUUUUACCGUUGUUCGAAUAAUCAAUUAAUUACAAAAUAAUAUAAUAUAUCGUACUUAUUCUAUUAAGUUAAUGAAUACAUAUUUAAAGAUUAAUUUCUAAAAGUUAUAUUUACAAAUUGUCACAGCGGAAAAUAUCUAAUAAAAUUAUGGAGGAUAUAGAAAUAAAACAUGAAUUUGUCACUGAUGAACAAGAAUUGUGUCGGACGUGCCUCAGUGUUGGUCGGAGACUGGUACCAUUAGAAAAAUAUGCACAUAUUUUUGAAAUUUUGAUUGCUGACUGUCAGCCUGCAGCAUACACAAAUAAAUUACAAGUAUGUUGGGAGUGUGAGGCGUUGUUAUGUAAAGUCAUACAAUUUCAGCAACAAGUGCGGAGAGCCAAUGAAAUGCUACAGACUGGUGGGCAGAAUUACAUAUAUGGAACAUUAUCCAACUUGACAUCAGUUGUAAUCAACGAUUCUUAUCCCCACACUGUGUAUGUGAACCAAACAAACGCACAAACAAGCAAACAUAUGAAUACAUAUUCAUCAGAUGAUAACAUGACUGAAGAUACAGUUGAAAUGGACUUUAAGAUAGACGGUAUAAAAGUAGAGCCAACGAAAAAUGAACCAGAACCUCAAGUAGUUAGAACACAAUUUCAAACCGAACCUGGAAAUGUUUUAUCACAAACUAACAUUCAGGAUAAAAAGUCCAAAUCAAACAAUAAAUGGGCGAAAAAGAGAGCGUUACAAAAUAAAAAACCGAAAUUCAAGAUGGCGGAUCGCGAUAAGGCUUUCACAAAAGUGCAUGUAAGUUCAGAAGAGUUGAGAGAACAUGUAGAGAGGGAAAAAGUUAGAGAGAAUUAUAAAUCAGUCAGAUUUAAAUGUGAUAGUUGCAUGAUUGGGUUUGACAAAGAAAUUCAAUUUAAUAAGCAUAAAAUGAAGCAUCAUAUUAAGAAUUUACUGUACAUUUGUGAUAUAUGUAAUACAAGUAAACUGAAUAAACGACGACUGUCUGCACACAUGAGAAAACACUACUGUAAAUAUGUGUGUUCAUUAUGCAAGUUUACAGGUUAUAAUAAAAAAGAUAUAAACAUGCAUAUGAAGGCACAUAAGAAGGCGUUUGAAUGCUUAAAAUGUGGACUUAUGUUUGGAUGCCGGCGUGAAUUUUUUAAACACUUCAAAGAAUGGCACGAAAAAUUCAUAUGUGAUUAUUGUGGAAUUAGUUUUAAAAUGCGUUAUUGCUUAAAGGAUCAUAUUAGAAAACAACACAACCCGUUCGAAUGUAAACCUUGCAACAAGCGUUUCGCGCGUUACAAUGGACUCUGGCUUCAUAACAAGACUCACCAUAUGAAGGAACCGGCGGCCGCCGCGUACUGCGUCGAAUGCGACAAACGGUUUCCAGACAUAUACAGAUAUAGGUGGCAUCUAGCUAACAGUGCGAGGCACAAGCCGGCCAAGAAGGUGAGGGUGCCGUGUCCUGGCUGCGAGAAGGUCUUCUCGAAGAAUAUAUACAUGAAGGACCACUACAACAUGGUGCAUCUGAAAUACUACAAAUACCAUUGCGAGGAGUGUGACAAGAACUUCAUACGGAACGCAGAUUUGGUGAAACAUAAGCGUCGUGUCCACGACGGGAUACUGCCGCCAAGAAAUAAGAUAUGCUACGUAUGUGGUAAAGGAUUUACGGUUACCAUCAGAAGAACCGCCAGGCGCAGUUAACAUUUCGGUCUUCUCUUCUCAGUAAAAGACGAAUAAGAUCCUUACGAAUCAUAUCCGCACGCAUACGGGCGAGCGUCCGUACUCGUGCACCCGGUGCAGCGUCCAGUUUGCACACCGCGCUGCACUGCGCGCUCACCAGCAGGCACAUGACGAGCCGCCCAAGGCCGGCGGACCCUAGCGAAUGUCCCGAAAUAUGAUGUUUAUUAAAAUAUAAUCCUAAUAAGUCCAA